AUGGACGUAUCAUCAGUGAGCGAAAUUAAAUCUACUGACAAUGAACAACAAUAUGAAAUGAUCCACACAACUAAAAACGAACCAAAAAUAAUUGUUCUUUGUUUUAAUCCAAAUAAUGAAUUAUAUAAAAAAACGGAAGGUUUCGGACGACGAUUACACCAAAUCAUUGAUAAUAUUGUAUCUCAUACUGUAUUAGAAUCAUGUAUUAAUUUUAUUCGAUCAAUUGAAAAAGAAAAAAUCUUCUUAAUCGUUUCAGCUGCAUCUGCUCUUCAAUUCCUACAUCAUAUUACUAAUCUGGAUCAAAUCAUCAGUAUCUUUAUAUUUUGCUUGAACAAUGAUCAAUAUAACCAUUUAUCUUUUAAAGAUUCAAAAAUAGUUGGUAUUUAUGAUGAACUUGGUUUAUUGUGUUUAUCAAUUCAAGAACAAAUCAAUCUUAUUGAAAAACGAUUCCAUACAUGGAGUUUUUUUGAUCAUGAAGAAUACGCGAUCAAAGAUUUAUCAAAACAAUCAAGUGAUUUUCUAUGGCUUCAUCUUUUUCAUGAUUUUCUCUUACAAUUACCAAUCAAUCAACAAGUCAAAAGGCAGAAAAUUCAUCCAUGUCAUCAUUAUUGUGGCAGCAAUGUUAAAGAACUCACAUUGAUGGACGAAUUGGAAGAAGAAUAUCAACCAAAUGAAGCUAUUCGUUGGUUUAUGAAACAUUCAUUUCUUCGAAAGAUGAUUAACAAAGCAUUGCGAACGGAAGACACUAAUGAACUUUAUACAUUAAGAUAUUUCCUUAGUGAUUUAGUGCAAAAUCUCAGACAUGAACAUCACCAAAUUAUUCAGUCUGAUCGAGAAGAUUUAAUUGUUUAUCGAGGAAUGAAAUUAUCGAACGAUGAAUUUAAUCAAUUGCAAGAAAAUCAAGGUAAAAUUAUGUCAAUGAAAGGAUUUUUGAUGGCAAAUACUCAACGAUCAUCAGCACUAGCUUUUUUGACAUCAUCUACACGACAAACUGAUUUUAUUUCUGCGCUGUUUGAAAUUGAAUGUAAUGUAAAAGAAGUUGGUGACAGCAUUAUAUUUGCUCAAAUCACUCAAUCUAAUGAAUUAAAGUGCCAAGAUACGAUUCUCUUUAAUUUAAACGCAACUUUUAGGUUGGAAGCUAUUGAAAAGGAUCAACAAAUGUGGAUUAUUAAAUUAAAUGCAGUCAAUGAUGGACGAACCAUUACACAAAAAUAUAUUGAUGAUACGCAUCGUCAAAUCGAAGAUCUAAGUGUUCCAAUUAUAUUUGGUAAACUAAUUUGCGAUAUGAGUCAAUGGAAUCAAUCACAAAUAUACUUUCAACAUUUAUUCAAUGAUCAACAUAAUGAAGAUUUAGCAUGGAUACAACAUUCGAUUGGUCAAGCUUACUAUUGGAAAGGAGAAUUGAAUGAAGCACGCAUAUAUUAUGAUCAUGCUUAUCAACGAAUGAUGCAGAGUGAACCAGCUCGUAGCAAAGACUCGGCUAUCGUACUCUCUGAUAUCGGUGAAAUAUUGUAUUUACUGGGCAAAUACGAAGAGGCCUACGACUUUCAUCAUCAAGCAUUGACAAUUCGAAAGAAAUAUUACCCCUCUAAUCAUGCAUAUAUUGCCACUAGUCUAAAAAACAUUGGUUUUGUUUACUAUCGACAAAAAAAAUACGAUGAAGCUUUCGUUUGUUUUAAACAAGCAUUAGCAAUUCGAGAAGAAUAUUAUAACUCCUUUCAUGUCAAUAUUGCUACAAGUCUAAAUAAUCUUGGUUAUAUUUUCAUGAAUCGCAGAAAGUAUGAUGAAGCACUUGACUACUAUCAACGAGCAAUGUCAAUAUACAAUAAAUGUUAUCCAUCAGGUCAUGUAUACAUUGCUUCUACUCUAAACAAUAUCAGUCAUAUUUUCUAUCGACAAGACAAAUACGAUGAAGCUCUUGAUAUUGCUCAACAGGCAUUAACAAUGCAAAAUAAAUAUCAUUCUUUUGAUCAUAUCGAUAUAACUACGAGUUUGAUCAAUAUAGGAAAUAUUAAAUAUGAUCAGGAAAAGUACGAUGAAUCUCUGGAGUUACAUCAGCAGGUACUAGCAAUAGAGAUGAAAUAUUAUUCUUCGGGUCACUUAGACAUUGUUGAUAUUUUGAAUAAUAUUGGUGACACUCAACUAAACGGGAAAGAAAAUUAUGAUAAAGCUCUUCGUUUUCAUCAACAAGCUCUUACUAUGCUAAAGACAUAUUAUCCAUCGUAUUAUGCACAUAUUGCUAUGACAAUCAACUACAUUGGCAAUAUUUAUUAUAAACAAAGAAAAAACAAUGAAGCACUUGAUCUAUAUGAUCAAGCACUAAAAAUGCAAGAACAAUAUUAUUUAUCUGAUCACAUCGACAUGAUUUCCAUUCUUGAUAACAUUAGCUACAUUUUGAGAGUUCAAAAAAAGUAUGAUGAUGCUCUUCUUGUUUGUCAACGAUCAUUAACAAUACAACAAAAUCAUCAUUCAUCAGAUCAUAAAGAAAUCAGUAAUACUCUCAAAAAUAUUGGCAUUAUCCUAUAUAAGCAAGGAAAAUAUGAUGAAGCAUUUGAUUUUCAUCAACGAGCAUUGAAUAUUCUCAAAACCCCUCACUCAUCUAAUUAUGUAAAUAUUGCCAAUAAUUACUAUCAAAUAGCAAAGAUUCGAAUUCUUCAAAAAAAAUAUGAUGAAGCCAUCAAUUUUUGCCAACAAGCAUUGGAAAUUCACGAGAAAUAUUCUUCAUUUCGACAUAAAGUUAUCCCCGAUAGUCUAAUGGAUAUUGGCUAUGUUAAAUGUGAACAAAGAAAAUUUGAUGAGGCUAUCGAUUAUUAUCAUCGAACAAUAGCUAAACUUGAAGAAUUCCACCCUGAUAAGUAUAUAAGUAUUGUUGUAUGUCUGGAAAAUAUAGGAAUGAUUUGGAAGCAAAAACGAUCUUAUGAGCGUUCAAUAGAAUAUUUUGGAAAAUGUUUAAAAAUUAUAGAAGCUAAUCGUCCUUUCACUGAAGUAACCAUAAUUUCCACUCUUCUGGCUCUUGGUGAAGUGCAUCAAAUUCGAGGUGAAUAUGACCUGUCUCUUGCAUAUGAAUUGAAAUGUUUUUUACUACGUGAAAAAGUUCUUCCAUCAAAUCAUCAAGAUAUUGGCGAAAGUUUGUCUAACAUCGGUCAAUGUUAUGAUCAUCUACAUCAACGUAAGCUGGCACUUGACUAUUAUAGACGAGCGUUAGUUAUUUAUGAACAAUGUUUACCGUAUGGGCAUCAAGCUCGAUCGGAUAUAGAGUUAAAAAUUGAGCAACUUUCCAAAUAA